AUGGCAUAUCCGGCUGUGAAAGGAGUGUAUUGGUUGUGUGACAGUGAUUUCCCUGUCUAUAAGAUUGAAUCAAAUCUCUUCACCCACAUCUUCUGGGGUUUUGCGAAUCUUGAUCCGAAAACCUAUAAUUCAGUGUUGGAGCCACAAACUCUAACAACCUACAAAGUCUAUGUUGAUGAAAUAGACAAUUUCUCGAUAUUCACAACAACUGUCCUGCAGAAGAACCCUGGUGUGAAAACAUUGAUCUCUAUCGGAGGUCCAAAAGCGGACGUAUCUGCUUUUGUUUCCAUGGCUAGCAAUGGCGACGCACGCAAAAUAUUCAUUGAUUCGUCGAUCAAGUUGGCUAGGGAUUACAGGUUCGAUGGCCUUGAUCUCGAUUGGGAAUACCCAGCAAGUGACAUCGAGAUGGCAAACUUUGGGCUGCUUCUUCAAGAGUGGCGGGUAGCAGUGGCUGUGGAUGCUGGGAAUCCCACUCAAGACUGUGCAUUACUUCUCACAGCAACGGUUUCGUCCAGACCCAUUAUAAAAAAUGUUAAAGAGGAUCAGUCGCACUCCUAUCCUUUCAAGAUUAUAGAGGAUAACUUAGAUUGGAUUCAUGUCAAGGAAUACGACUUCUAUUCCUCCAAACAGGAGGGUGACAAAACACACGCACCUGCGGCGCUCUAUGACCCCGUCACUAAUACUAACGUAAGUGGUAGUCACGGAAUCAUACAAUGGAUCCUAUGUGGAGUCAAACCACAAAAAAUGGUUCUCGGGAUUUCCUUUUAUGGGUAUGGUUGGAAGCUAAAGGAUCCUAAUAAUAACGGCAUUUUGGCCCCGGCAGAUGGUCCCGCACCUUGGACCGGCCUUAACGGCUCACUGGAGUACUACUUUAUCAAGGCUUUUAUAGGCAAAAACAGUGCAACCACUUUUUAUGACCCUACUUAUGUCACCGAUUAUUGCUACCAGGGUAAGACCUGGUUCGCCUACGACGGUGUUCCAAGUGUCAAAAGCAAGGUCUCUUAUCUUAAGGACCUUGACUUACGUGGUUACUUUGCAUGGCAUGUUGGGGCCGACGACCUAAAUGGAGAGCUUUCCUCGGCAGCUUCACAAGCAUUGGACGGACCUUAA